CACACACACUUGCAAAAUAACACAAACACAGUGCGUCACAGUUUUUACACACAGUACUGUUUGAAUGCAUAAACCUUCUAAGAAGAGAAAUGAAGGUUGAAGUUGAAUUUAUUUCCCGCGAAACAAUCAAACCAUCUGCUCCAACUCCUCACCACCUCCAAAACUACCAGCUCUCCUUCCUUGAUCAAAUAUCCCCUCCAGUCUACAUGCCUAUGAUCCUCUUCUUUUCAGCUGACUCCACCACCAAACUGACCAACACCGAAAAAUCCGACCGCCUUAAGAUCUCCCUAUCGGAGACCUUAACUCGCUUCUACCCACUGGCCGGACGACUCAUUGACAACACCUCCAUAGCCUGCAACGACGAGGGAGUCCUCUACACCGAAGCCCGGGCCAAGUGCGGACUCUCACAAGUGGUCACUGACCCAAACCCUAAUGAAUACAACAAAUUUCUUCCCCAUGAACUGGACAAAGUGGAUGACACGUUGUUGGCCAUUCAAGUCACUUACUUCAACUGCGGUGGAAUAGCCGUCGGCACAUGCUUUUCGCAUAAAAUCGCGGAUGGCUUGUCCAUUGUCAUGUUCAUCACUAGCUGGGCGGCAACUUCUCGUGCGGAAACCAAUAUUCCAUGUCCAACAUUUGAUGGAGCCAAGUUCUUCCCACCUCGAAACCUGUCCGGGUUUCAACCACAGACAGGGAUGACCAAGGACAAGAUUGUGACAAAGAGGUUUGUUUUUAGCAACCCUGUCGUGGCUGCUCUCAGAGAUAAGUACACUGAGAGCUCCGACACAGAAAACCCGAUACGUCCAACACGUGUUGAGGCGUUAUCGGUGUUUAUCUGGAGCUGUUUUGUUGCUUCCACAAGAGCAUCAUCAGGACAUGAUGAGAGGCUCUACACAGUGCUUCAUGCGGUGAACCUCCGUACAAGGAUGGACCCGCCACUGCCGGAAUAUUCUUUCGGGAAUCUGUACCGGAUAGCAAUAGCCACGCCGUCCAUGGAAGCCGGGGAUAAGUGUCGAGGCCUUGUGAGGCAGAUGAAGAGCACCGUAAAGAGUAUUGACGGAGAGUUUGUAGAGAAACUCCGGGGAGGUGAGGAACACUUGAAUUUCAUCAAAGAGAGAGCAGAGAAGUUCAUGAAGGGAGAGGUGGUUUCGUUUAGGUUUACAAGUUUGUGCAGGUUGCCUUUGUAUGAAGUUGAGUUUGGGUGGGGGAAGCCGGUGCAGGUGGGUUCCACAAGGUUGACAUUCAAAAAUCUGGUGACUUUCAUGGACACCAGAGAAGGGGAUGGUAUAGAAGCAUGGAUAAAUUUGGAGGAGAAAGACAUGGCUAAGUUUGAAGUUAACAAGGAGUUGCUUGCAUAUGUUUCAUUCUCAAAGAAGAGGUCCAGAGUUCCAGAAGCAUGCGCAUGUGUGAUUACUUAACCUUCCAAAUAUAUAUAUGUAUGUAUUGCCCGAAGAAGUAGCUUCAAGUGUAAAAGUAAGUUUGCUUGUUUGAGUGUUUGUCAGU